UUUCCCCGUCAGCUGACAACGAUUACAAAAAAUGUAAAUAAGAAAGUCCAACCAAAACAAGUGAGCCUCAGCAUAGAAAUGAAUUAAAAGACUGCCAUGUUUGCGAUUAUAAAAUGUUAAUGGAUCAAAAAUAGAUGGAAAACGAAAAACAUACCAUCCCACCCACCAACAAAACGGGCGCAACUUAAAUUCCCAUUUCAGAUUAGUGGCGUUCGUAAACAACGGAUAAGACUGUAUACAUAUAUGUACUAUAUAAUCAGCUGUACGUUAUUUUUGGUGAUAAAAUCAUCGUAGAGACCACAAAGCAAAAGCCACAAAGGGAAGACUGACCGAACGACCUGCCGUUUCUGAUAGCACCAGUAGAACCAGAACCACCAUCACCAUCACCAUCGACACCCCGCCGAGAUUAAAGACCACUUUUUGGAGCCCCAUCCACAGUUGUCAGCCGUCUCUUGAUCACUUCACAUCGGUUUGUCGCGAGUUGUAGCUAUAUAUUAGACAUAAAAGCUACUGGAUAGCCCCCAAAAACUAUCCAAAAUGUGCGUGAUAUUCUUCUGCGCGGAUUCAAGUCCACGGGAGGGUGGCUAUAAGCUGAUCCUGGCCUCCAAUCGCGAUGAGUUCUUCGCCCGGGCCACACAAUCGGCGGCCAAGUGGCCAAAUGCCGAUCAUGUUUACGGGGGCAUCGAUCUGGAGCCGGGACGCGAGGGCGGCACUUGGCUGGCGAUUGGCCAUGCCGCUGGCUUCUUCAAAGUGGGCGCCCUGCUCAAUCUGACUGGCGAGCCCAAACCACGCGAUGCAGUCGCGCACAAGAACAUUUUGCAACCGCAUAAUCACAACAGCAACAGCAACACCGGCAUUAACCUCUGCCCCAAGCCCAGCCAUCCGAACCCGAAUCCGAAUCUGAAUCUGAAUCCGAAUCCAAAUCUGAAUCCGAAUCCGAGUAAGGGGCAUUCGAAUAACGAACAUUUCUUACUAGGGCGCGGCAUGAUCGUGGCUGACUUCGUCACGCGAUCGGACGACCAGCAUGACAUCGUGGAAUACAACCAGAGCCUGUUCAAGGACUGCACCAAGUACUCCGCCUUCAACUUUGUGUCGAUUGAGAUUGGAUCGUCAUCAGUGCCCGCCCGCGUGAAGCUACUCAGCAAUGUGCCACCCACGCUGGAGGAGUUCCAAAAUGGGCAGUGCUAUGGAUUUGGGAACAGCCUGCCGCACACUCCCUUCGAGAAGGUGCAUCACGGCAAGCAGGAGUUUGAGGCGAUCGUUAGGGAGCAUGGUGGAUCCAGUGUGGAGGACCUGUCCGCCCACCUGAUGCAGUUGCUCCGGAAGAAGCACAAAUUCUGGCCGGACGUGGAGCUGAAGAGGCGUGCGCCCAACUGGGGCGAGGGUUUGAGUGCCCUAAAUGUUCACAUCGCGGAGCAUGCCUAUGGCAGCCGCACCCACACCGUAAUCCUGGUGGAUAGCCACAACAAAAUGCACUUCAUCGAGGAGACAAUGGCUGGAGUGGAUCCACAGGGUGAGUGGAUUAGGACCCAUAUCGAAAAGGAUUUCCAAACUAGCGUUUGAUGACGAAGCUCUACACAAUGUAGAACAAUUUAUUCGCUGAUAUAUUAGGAAAUUGUAAAUUUCUGCGCUUUUUUUUGUAGCAAUAAUCUGUAUUUUUGACACUGGCAUUUAUGAUAAUAAAUAGUUUAGAUACUUUUUAAUAUAAAUGAGUGGAUUGAACUCAUUACACAUUA